AUGCCAGCGACGCAGAGAACAAAUUUUGUACAAGAACCUGUUCGUGUCACUAUUCACGACUUACGAGAUAAGGAGAAGACUGUCCAUCUUGACACAAAUGCUCUCGAAGUGCUCAAAUACGACGGCUCCAUACAGGAAGAAUUUGAAGAAGGCAGCGAAGCACAACAAACUUAUUAUGAAGAGAUUAGUGACCUUCUUAAGAAACAUCUGGGCGCCUCACGCGUGUUUAUCUAUCAUUAUAACUUUCGCUCUCGAAGUUCACCACGUACCGAUGAGCAGCUUGAUGACAAGCAUAGAAAUCCUGCCUUUUUUCCUCACGUUGAUACUAGUGCAACUGGAGCUCCACGGGUGGUAGAACGUUGGAUUGGCAAAGAAGAAGGUGAAAAAGUGAUGCAAAAUCGAUUUCAAAUAAUCAACGUCUGGCGUCCAUUAGGUUCCAAUCCAAUCACACAAAAACCAUUAACCAUUUGUGAUUAUCGCUCGGCUGAUGUCGAAAAAGAUAUUCAUCCACUCGAUGUUCGUGGAGCCGGUUAUCACGGUGCAUCCUACAUUAUGUCUCGAAACUCGCAAGAUGCCCAUAUAUGGUACUAUUUGAGUCAAAUGCGAUCCAAUGAGAUGUUUGUCUUUAAAAUUUUUGAUAGCAAGCCUGAUACCGCUCAAUUUGCCUUUCAUACGGCUUUUAUAAAUGAAAAUGAGCCCGUACCGAAUGUAGAGCAGACAAGUCUUGAAAUUCGUUGUUUGAUUUUCUACGACAAAUAA